CCGGGAGAGGGGCGCUCGGGGACUAGGUCCGGAGCCGCUCCCGCUUCUGCUCCCGGGGCGGGCGGAGGCAGGAUUGUCAGGAGCCAUGCUGUCAGAAGUCCUGCUGGUGUCUGCUCCAGGGAAAGUCAUCCUUCACGGAGAGCACGCCGUGGUCCACGGCAAGGUGGCACUGGCUGUGGCCUUGAACUUGAGAACAUUCCUCCGGCUUCAGCCCCACAGCAGUGGGAAAGUGUGCCUCAGCUUACCAAACAUUGGCGUCAAGCAGGCCUGGGAUGUGGCCAGGCUUCAGCUGCAGGACACGAGCUUUCUGGAGCAAGGUGACGCCACGGCGCCCACUGCAGAGCAAGUGGAGAGGCUGAAGGAGGUGGCGGGCUUCCCCGAGGACGGCGCCAGCCCCGAGCGCCUGGCCGUGCUGGCCUUCCUCCACUUGUACCUGUCCAUCGGCCGGAAGCAGAGGGCCCUGCCCAGCCUGGACGUCAUGGUGUGGUCACAGCUGCCCACCGGGGCCGGCCUGGGUUCCAGCGCCGCCUACUGUGUGUGUAUGGCCGCCGCUCUCCUGACUGUAUGUGAGGAGAUCCCAAACCCACAGAAGGACGGGGAGUCCACCGGCAGGUGGACCGUGGAGGAUUUGGAAUUAAUUAACAAGUGGGCCUUCCAGGGGGAGAGAGUGAUUCAUGGGAACCCCUCCGGAGUGGACAACGCCGUCAGCACCUGGGGAGGAGCACUCCGAUUCCAACAAGGAAAGAUCUCCUCUCUAAAGAGGCCACCGGCUCUGAAGAUCCUGCUGACCAACACCAAAGUCCCUCGCAGCACCAAGGCUCUGGUGGCCAGUGUCAGGAGCAGGCUGCUUAAGUUCCCGGAGAUCGUGACGCCCCUGCUGGCCUCCAUCAACGCGAUUUCGCUGGAGUGCGAGCGGCUGCUGGGGGAGAUGGCAGCGGCCCCGGCCCUGGAGCACUACCUCGUGCUGGAAGAGCUCAUCGACAUGAACCAGCACCAUCUGAAUGCCCUUGGCGUGGGCCAUGCCUCGCUGGACCAGCUCUGCCAGGUGACCAUGGCCCAUGGACUGCACAGCAAGCUCACUGGCGCGGGCGGCGGUGGCUGUGGCAUCACGCUCCUCAGGCCAGAUCUGGAGCAGCCAGAGGUAGAGGCCACGAAGCAGGCUCUGACUGACUGCGGGUUUGACUGCUGGGAAACCAGCAUCGGGGCCCCCGGCAUCUCCAUCACUCGGCUGCCUCCCUGGACGUCCCUGUGCGCCAAGCCCUGGUUGGUCUCUGAGAUGAGCCCGCACCGCUGCAGCCCCACCAAGAAGCGCCUUCCUGGGGUAUUCUGGGUGCCGGAGUUGGCUUCGGGGCUGGCCAGUGGGCCCCAGCCUCUGUGCGCUGGCCUUCCCAGCAGCUGUACCCCUGCAGUCCCAGCGGUGCGAUCUGGAACGUGCAGUGGGCUGGGGAUCCUGGAAGACCCGGUCUGUGUCCUGCCUUCUCUUGAGCUGCCUGGGCAGUGGGGUCGUGUGGGGUCCUCUGAGAUGCUAGGGCAUCUUUGGGCCACUGCCGCCUUCUCAAACCCUCUGCCCACUUGGCUGGACGCUCAGAUGCAGUGUGCCUUCUCCCUCCCUCUGCCACCUGUCUCUCAGGGCCCGGCCCCUCCCACCUCCUCCAGGAAGCUUUCCCCGACCCCUGGCAGGGUGACCCUGGUGCCACCUCCCUCCCUGUACGCCCCGUCUGUUUGAACCGUUCAGCACUGCGUGCUCUGCUCUUCUCUCCAGCUAGACUGCGGGCCCCCCAGCGGUUGUAUGGGCAGUGGUCUUUGCCUUCUGCCCUCCCGUCCCAGGGUUGGCCGAAGGCAUGGUCGAUGUACCCAGUUUCUUCCAGUCUGUACCCACAGGAUUUGCAGAAAAGAUGGCAGAGGGGAAAUAAGAAGCUCUUGAGUAAACCAGGGCUUCCCUUGGAGUCCAGAAAGAAGGAUGACAGUCUGGUACAGUCUCCAGCCCGCCCAUGCCUGCCUCCUCUGUACCUUCUCCAGCCACUUUCCCCCGUGGAGCUCUUAAGGAGUUGAAGGAAAGAAGGGCUUUGGGCCACUCAGUUUUGUGUCUCAGGGACACUACUGGUAGGGUUUUCCCAGAUGGCCCUCAGUCCUCCAGCACAAUUCCUACCUGCUUUUCCAGAAAGGGGAGUUUUAAGCUUCCUGGCCCCCGGAGUCGUGAGCACUCAUGAAUUCACAGACUUUUGUGAGCCUUAGAAACAAAAACCUGUAGGUUCUGGAAUCUUCCUUUUUUUUCUGCAAUUCGCUGGGUGGGAAAAAAAGAUUCAAGUGCUUGUAGCCCAGUGCCUGGCACCUACCUGGCCCUGCUUGAACUUUAUAUUACCAGUCAAAGCUCCAUCUGAAACGGCAGAAUCCAUCAAAAAGCCCCCGUAGCUAGCGCAUGGCCGCGGGGAGCUACCACAGCCCGGGACCUGCAGGGGGCACACAGGAAGGUGGGGGCUGGGCAGGGAGUUCAGGAUGCGGUUAAAAUGGCCCUGCGCUUCUGCCCUUGGCCACUAGGGGGCAGCGGGUGCCUUUCCCAGGGUCUUCAAAGGGAGGGUGAGUGGGAGCUGGCCUGAAGAGCAGCAUCUGAGCUCCGCACCCCCCACCCCCACCCGUCAUGCCAGGCCUCCCGGGCUGUGCCUGGGCUCACUGCCAGAGACAUGAGGGCAAUACGGAGGAUGCCUGUCCUAGCAUCACUGAUGGCGGUUGCCUGCUUCUCCUCAAAACACAAAUAACGCAUAAAACAAAUAA